AUGGCCUCUGUGAAACGUGUAGCACCAGAUGGUGAGAAGUCCAGGAAUGGUAGUUUCACCAAGAAGGCGCUUGUAAAAGCUAUUACUGGCUCACAGGCUGAAAAUGACAGUGACAAGACUGGUUCUUCUUCUUCUGGAGAAGAAGAAGAAGAAAGAGAGGAAGAGGCUACUGCCUCUUCCAGCGGGGAAGAAGACGAGGAAGAGGAAAACACACAUGACCAUAAGGCUAAGAAGCCAAAGUUGAGCUCCCAGGAUAUACAAAUAGCGAGAGAAACGGCUGAACUCUUCAAAUCGAACAUUUUCAAAUUACAAAUCGAUGAGUUAUUGGAACAAGUGAAGUUGAAGGACUCACACAUCGUAAGGGUGGAGAAGUUUUUGCAUAAACUAUAUGAUAUGAUACAGGAAGUACCGGAAUGGACUCCGCAAAGCUUAGAAGAUGUAGAGAAAUAUUUCCAUGGGAAAGUGGUAUCAGUUCCGUUUGUGGAUCCAAAACCACAAGCGAAGAACACACAGUACAAAUUCAAUUAUUUAAAGCCGGACGUGAGUUUAAUUGGAUCAUUCGGGUUGAAGACUGCCAUCUACCAACCUCAGGGCUCCGCAGUAGACGUUUUGUUGACUAUGCCUGAGCAGUUGUUCGAAAAGAAAGAUUUCUUGAAUUUUAGAUGUUUCCACAAGCGUUCAGUAUACCUCGCGUAUUUGACUCAUCAUAUCUCACUCGUCCUGAAAAGAAGCCAGCUGGAUUUCUUACACUUGGAAUAUUCAUACUUUAACAACGAUCCUUUACAAACGGUAUUAAAGAUAAGUUGUAAGGAGAAAACUUCAUCGGACUAUAAUUUCUACAAGACUAAAUUCAGCAUAAACUUGAUCGUGGGGUUCCCAUACAAUUUCUUCGAAUCAAAGAAGUUGCUACCCAAUAAGAACUGUAUCAGAGUCGGUCAGGAUAACGAAACUCCGACACCUUUCUACAAUUUCUCGGUAUUAUCAUCUUCUUGUCACGAACACUAUUUGAAGUACUUACACAAAUCAAAGAAACAAACAGAACAGUUUAAACAGGCUUGUAUUUUGGGGAAGCUAUGGUUAUCUCAGAGAGGCUUCUCAUCAAAUAUGUCUCAUUCAGAUGCGUUGGGUGGUUUUGGAAAUUUCGAGUUUGCCACGUUGAUGGCAGCCCUACUAAAUGGUGGUGGGUUGAAUGGUAACAGAAUUUUAUUGCAUGGGUUCUCAUCUUACCAAUUAUUCAAAGGUGUAAUCAAAUAUUUGGCCACAAUGGAUCUUUGUACUGAUGGGUACUUACAAUUCUAUUCCGACUAUAGCACUACUGCAACUGUCACUUCCUCAAAAUACGUUGAAGAAGGUUUCCAAACACCUACAAUCUUUGAUAAAACCACCAAAGUUAACAUACUGAGUAAAAUGUCUGUUAACAGCUAUCAAAUGCUAAAGAUCUACGCGCAAGAAAGUUUAUUGAUGUUGAAUGACGUCGUCAGAGAUCAGUUCGAAAACAUGUUCUUAACUAACUUAAACAAGAUCAAGACAGUGAAAUAUGAUGCUUACUAUGAUUUAGAUAUCCCAUCCAUCAAUUUACUACUGUCCAAGUUCGGUCCCGUUGAAAAGAUUAGCUUUAUAUCAUUCGAAAAUUUCAUCUGCAAUAAAGUAUCGAACAUCGUGAAGAUUGCCCUUGAGGAUAGAAUCAAAGCUUUUGAAGUGGCUCUAGUUAACAAUAGAUCUACUUUCCCAGUAACAAAGAGAAAAGUUGCUGCUGUUCCAAAUUUCACUUCAAUCCAAAUUAAACUGUUGAUCAACCCUGCAGAAUGUGAGAAGCUUGUGACUAAGGGCCCAGAGAACACAGAAGAAUUAACUAAUGAAGCUAAUGAAUUCAAGAUUUUUUGGGGUAAAAAAGCAUCUCUUCGUAGAUUCAAGGACGGUUCCAUUGCAAACUGCUGUGUCUGGUCAACUUCUGCUAUUGAAAGUGUUGUUUCUUCGAUUUUGUCCUAUGUUCUAAGGCUACAUUUGACUGAAGACUGCAAACUCAUCAAUAAUUCCACUAGCCAAUUCCAACAGUUGUUACCACUACCGAACCUACCUGCAUCUUCAAAGACAUCAGUUCUAAACCUAUCAAGCUACUAUAACUUGAAGAAGUCCUUUGACGAUUUGUAUAAAAUCAUGUUCGAGCUAAAACUCCCAUUAUCAAUUAAAUCUCUUUUACCUAUUGGUUCUGCAUUCAGGUACACAUCAUUAUGUCAGCCUGUCCCAUACGCAUAUUCUAAUCCUGAUUUCUUACAAGACGUUGUUAUCGAAUUCGAAACGUCUACAAAAUGGCCUGACGAAAUUACUUCGUUGGAAAAGGCUAAAGCUGCAUUUUUAUUGAAGAUUCAAGAAUCCAUCACGCAGACUCAUAGUGAGUACAAGUGCUACUUUACACGUGAUGAAUCGAUUCCAUACAACUUGGAAAUAGUUACUCUAAACAUUUUGACUCCAGAAGGAUACGGUUUCAAGUUUAGAGUUCUAACUGAGAGAGACGAAGUUAUGUAUUUGAGAGCAAUUAACAACGCAAGAAAAGAACUAAGACCAGAGCUGGAAAAGACAUUCUUGAAAUUUACUGCCAAGUACCAAGCUGCUAUUAGACAUACUAGAACUUUGGAAAACAUUUCCCAUAGUUACCCAUUCUACUCUCCAGUGGUAAGACUAUUUAAGAAAUGGCUAGAUUCUCAUCUCUUAUAUGGCCAUUUGUCAGAAGAAUUGAUUGAGCUUAUUGCCAUUAAGCCAUUUGUAGAGCCACGUCCAUUCACCAUGCCAGGUUCCGUUGAAAAUGGUUUCUUGAAGAUCUUAUUAUUCCUCGCAAACUGGAAUUGGAGGGAGGAUCCACUAAUAUUAGAUCUUGUCAAACCAGACGAAUUUGGUGACCAAGAAACCAGUAUCGGAGCAUCAGAUCUAGAUUCAUCUGUUUUAAAGAGACUCUCAGAAAAGUUGACUUUUGCACAAUUCAAAACCAUUCAAAAUAACUUCCAACAACUAAGAAAGGAAGACCCACAAGGUUUACACACCCAAUUCUUCGUUGCAUCCAAGAACGAUCCAAGUGGAAUCUUGUACUCUACUGGAGUUCCUCUACCGAUUGCCACCAGAUUAACUGCUUUGGCAAAAGUAGCCAUCAAUCUAAUCCAAUCCCAUGGAUUGAACAAACAAACCAUCGAAUUACUAUUCACACCUGCAUUAAAGGAUUACGAUUUCGUCAUCAAGCUCAAGAUUCCUGUCCCAUUGAAACUAUCCAGUGGCAUAGUCAACGCUAACGAGUUUAAGAAUUUAAACGAACAGUUGACAGAAUUCCCCAAAGAUCUUGAUACAAUGAGCACCAAAAUGGAUCCAACUUACCAACUAGUGAAAUACUUGAACAUGAAGUACAAAAACAGUAUUAUAUUCUCCAAUCAUCGCCACAUUGGUGUCACUGGUGGUAAAAAUGGUGAUAAAAACGUCAUUACUGGAUUAAUCAAACCUAUAUUCAAGAAACCACUAAAAUUUAAAGUCAACAUGGACUGUAACGUCAAGCCAAUUGAUAAAGAUCUAGUAGAACUUAACAAAGAUGCCAUUUUCCACGAAAUAGGUGCGUUCUGCCAGGAAUUGAUUGUUGGCUUCGAAGCUAACAAUUGA